AUGCAGACUGGAAGUGGUGCAAAAAACCCGCCUUGGGCCCGAUCAAAUGUAAACUCAAACAUAACCGGCAUGAAUCCGCAAAUUAUGGAUCCCAACGCCAUGAUUUCGCAACAAGGUAUGAUGCCAUUCCAGCAAACAGCAGCGGUAUUUAAUCCUGGUAUGAUGCAAACACAGGGUGGAAUGGCUAUGUCAAUGGGUGCACAAAUGCCGCUAAAUCAAAUGGCGCAAAGUCAAAUGUACCCUGGAAAUGUUGUUGCUUAUCCGACACCUCGAGCUAUGAACCCGAAUAUGUACCAAAAUAAUGCAAACCAAACACCACAAGGUAGUGAACAACGAGUCUUCACUGGUACAGUCACCAAAACCCACAAUGACUUUGGAUUUGUUGACCAUGACGUUUUCUAUCAAACAUCAGUUUGUGCAAAGGGUGUUAUACCAAAAGUAAAUGACAGAGUACUAGUUGAAGCAUCUUAUAAUCCUAACAUGCCUUUUAAAUGGAAUGCAACGCGUGUGCAGGUACUACCAAAAAGUACACCUAAUCAUAAUAAAGGGGGCAAUUCGAAAUCCAACAACACAUAUACUGCUGUUCCACCACCAUCAAAGAAGUCUUCAAUGCCACCAAGACGCAUUGAUGACAGAAGAGAUGAUAGGUCUUCAAGGAGAGAUGACAGGAAACGGUCCCGCACAAGGAGUCGUUCUCGAUCACGAGACCGUCGCGACAGUCGCAACCGCCGAGACUCUCCCCCACGUAAACGUCCUGUAGUACACCAGCCAUCACCAGUGAAGUAUGUAGUAAGGGUGCCAAGAAUACCACUUGAUAUACAUAGAGUUGAUGUUCCAGGCUUGUCACAAAGGUACACAAACCUUUAUAUCCCAUCUGACUUCUUUAAUGCACAAGUAAAGUGGGGUGAAACUUUCCCUCCCCAGUCACCAUUUUCUUUGAACAGUUCUUGCCAAUACUAUGUAAUGGACAAAAUGGUUGCUAAUCCCCACGGCAAUGAUGCUGUAUUGGAACCAUCUGAUGCAGAUUAUCGGUUUUCAGCAAAAGUAAUGCUUAUAAGUAUGCCAACCUUAGAAUCACUUUACCAAAAAUGUGGACUCACUAAAGUAGAUGAUAAAGACAAGCGUACAAACAAAUCUCCGUUACAUCCUACCAGAUUGAUUAAGUUCUUGGUGGGCCAAAAAGGAAAAGGAAGUGAAAACUUUGCUAUAGGUGGUCCAUGGAGUCCUUCACUUGACGGAGAAAAUCCAGAGUCAGAUCCUGGAGUGUUAGUUAAAACGGCUAUUCGAACUUGCAAAGCACUUACAGGCAUUGAUCUUUCAUCUUGCACCCAAUGGUACCGAAUCGUGGAGUUUUACUACUGGCGCGAGAGCGGCGGGAAAUCAAGGCUAGAGUGUGUGGUGUUGUUCCUGCCCGACGUCUGGUCCGUGCAGGCUUCGUGUGUCGAGUGGACCAGCGUCACGGACCAUUAUAAAGCUGCUUCGGAAGCCGCCGUCAAGGCACUUGACAAAGAAGGGUCCAGCGAUGAUGCUCAUGCGAAGCGGCCAUCGGCAACACUGCAGUCGACGGCAGCGGAGGUCGACGCGGACAAAUCACAAAUUGAAAACAAGAAUCUCGAUGACACUACAAUAACAAUUGAUGAAAAUGAUGAUGAUGAAGACGAUAAACCUGAGCCGACUCAUUACUCCAAAAUUGAUUUAAAGACAAUUAAAGUGGACGCCCUGAGACAUGAAUUAAGAGCGCGAGGCGUGAGUGUAAAAGGGCUGCGUGCACAGCUUAUAUCACGACUUUGUAAGUUGAUUAAAGCGGAAGAAGAGAAAGACACAAAAGGAGAAGAUAUCAUGGAGGUAGAAGACGAUGACGAAAAUGAAAAAUCCGCAACAAAAGCUGAUACCACAUGUAAUGAGAGUGCUAAGAAACAUGAGAAGGAAAUAGAAGAGAAAAACGAUGACGUGGAAGAUAAAAAAGAAAGAAAAGAGAAGGAAAUUGAAGAAGAAAGGAAGAAGGUGGAAAAAGAGAAGCAAAUACUGAAAUCUCGCUAUGAACUACCCAACAGUCCCCAUAUAAUAGUUCACCCUUCAGCAACUGCGAAGGGUGGCAAGUUUGGAUGCAGCACAGCCACUCUUUCACUGCUUCUAGAUUAUCGCAUAACUGACAAUAAGGAGCACAGUUUUGAGCUCUUCGUAUUUGCGGAGCUCUUCAAUGAAAUGUUGAUGCGAGACUUCGGUUUCUAUAUCUACAAAACCCUCUACACUUUACCAGAGAAAGCGGAAGAAAUUAAAGAAGAUAAGAAAGGCGACAGCGAGAGGAAGGAUGAGAAAGAGGGGGCUGAAGAAAAGGAAAAGAAGGACGAAAGAGAUAAAGAUGAGAAAAGAAAGGAGGACAAAGAUAGCAAAGAGGAUAAGGACAAAAGAGAUGACAAACGUGAUGUGCGUCGUCGUGAUCGUCGGGACUCCCACAGUGACGACGAGCGUAGUAAAUCUCCUCGGCGCCGGAGCCGUGGCGUGGAACUACCUGCUGAUCCGUAUCUCCUUCUCUCCCUCGUCUACUUCGAUACUUCGCGCGGGGGCGUGGUCUCACGCAAAGACCUGCAGAGCCUGUUCAUGAGCCUCGGUUUGCAACUCAGUAGAUCUCAGAUAAGAGCCGUUUUAGAAAAAGUGUGCGUCAGGGACAAUUUUAGCUAUAAAUCUCUAAUUCAAACUAUAAAGGACCUCGCUACAGGCGCUUGUGAGGGGGUUCAGGACCUACCUCUUGAUACUACUGUCACUACUACUGAAGUACCACCCCACAUAGCUGAAUUGGAGUCCAUUAUUGCAGCGGGCAAUCGCAAUCUCUUACCAGUCUUCACAAAGAAUAAAUCAGAACACACGGCUACUACUGAUACUAAGGAUAUCAGUGAAACGGGUCUAGUAUCAUUCAAGUCACGUAUAGUAGACGUGGGCGCUUUAGUGAACUCCGCCGCUAGAUGGCAGGCGGAGAGGGCGCGUCUUCAAGCUGCGCUGGAACAAACCCAGGCAGCUCUAAAAGCGGCUCGCGCGGCGGCUGCAUCGACACAGCAAGCAGAACGUGGUGCCAAAAGCCAACUAAGCGAUCUCAGCGCUGACCUGGCUGCGGCAAGAGCCAGGAUUGCCUCAUUAAUGGCAAGCUCCAAGAUUUUCCACUCAGCCCUGAAAAGCAUUAAGAGUAAAGCGGAUGCUGUCGUAAACAUCAAAUACGAAGAUGAUGACGUCGUCGAAGUUGUCAAUGGGCCAACAAAAGAAGAAAAAGACAGUGAAUCAAAGUCUUCCCAAGGAACAACAAAAAAUGUUGAUACAAAAGACCAUGAUGUGAAAGAAGCAGAUUCCAAGCCUAAAGAGGAGGCCAAAGACAAAGACAUCAUCAGCACAGAAAACAUGGAAAUUGACGAUAAGGAAUAA